UAUUUGAGCCCCGAGAAACUUUAUUGUUUUACCGCAUCUCUGCACAUUUAGCCGGCUAGAGAGGAUAUAAACUUUCUCUUCUUGCCCGGCCGAACGGCUUGCGCUGCGUGAGGAAGAUCUUAUUCAAGUCUUUCCAUCUUCAGCCAAAUAUAAUCAUCCGAACUCGAUUCUCGUCCCUCAUGCUGUCCAAUCCAGCUACCAACCUUCACCUUCGCCAACGCCAGCAUCGACGGCAGAACUCAACACCAACGGCAUUUGAGACCCCGAAGGUACCUCUCCUUCCUGCGACACAACUUCAACGACAUGGUUCCCAUCGACGAGGAAUGAGCCUUGAUCAACGGGCCAAUCUGUUUCAGCCUCGACGAUUCUCGACGCAGGAUGACGUUACGGUAAGUAUUACUAACCCAGGAUUCAAUCGACACCCACAGCAUAUUGUUCGAGAAGCGCAGCCACAGCGACUGCUUCGACCGGGACAUCAGCAGCGGCCAUCUUUCAUGAGAAGACCGCCACUUGCUGUUCCCAGUCAAGAUUUUCUCCACCCGAAUUCCAUUCCUGCAGGCCAGGACACCAACGCUCUUUAUGCUAGAGCGGCACCCUCGCUCGUUAAUGGUGCCGAAUUUAAUCAGAAUCAGGUGCCGCGCACCUCACAGUCCACUCUUUCAUUCCCGUCACUGAACGACGGACCGGCCGCUGGAUACCUUGAAGGUUUCGGUCUUGGUCUCGAGGGAAGUGACAUUUUCAGAAACCUUGAAGCGACUACAGUCAGUCCGGCACUUGACAGUCUCAGAGCUCUUCAAGGAAGCAGUAAUCAGAAUGCAAGCAAUCGGUCCCUUCAGCCAGCUUGGCAGAUGGAACCUAGAAGACCCAUUACACCCCCGAAUCAAAAUAGCACCAGCUAUUUCCCUAUGACUCCGGCUGCCACGCCGUUCUCGCGGGAACAACAGACCGAGCCUCAGCGCGAAUCGCAACUACCUCGCCUUGAACUCCCUGACGAUCCUGAUGAGACAAUCAAAGCAUCACGCAUGUCGCGUCGUCCUAUGUCUUGUAUGGACUUGUUCGGGGCAAGGACAGAUGCGGAAAGCAAUGAGGCGCCGCCAUCACCUCCUCGCACGGCACCAUUAUUACCAUCAAGUACAUUUGAUAUGGCGCCAAUGCCAAACCCCAACUUUAUGCCUGCAAAUCAGAUUAGUCUUGACUGUCCGGAGAGCGACCAAGAGUAUGACUCGUCAUAUUACUCGCCUCUGUCGUCGGUCGUUUCGCCGGCCCUUUCAUCCAUGACAUCUUCUCCUCAGCCGCCAAAUCAGAGAGACUUCCGCGACGGGUUGCCUUCGGCACGAGCUUUGUCAACGACAGUUGGAAUGGGCCAACUACCGCAUUCGCAGAGUCUCGAUGACAUCGCCUCAAUGAUGUCAGAUGGCAUCUUUGAGCCUCUAUCCCCUCGUUCGAAGUCAAUUGCAGACCUAGGUCUAGAAGCCACCAUUGAAGAUACCGGAAUUACUGUCGAAGAUAUUGCAUCCUUCAUCGCUGGCCCUGACAAGUCCGAUGGGAAGUGGGUAUGUCUCUAUCCCGAUUGCAAUAAGAGAUUCGGUAGAAAAGAGAAUAUCAAGUCCCAUGUCCAAACCCACUUGGGCGACCGUCAAUACCGGUGCAUCCAUUGCAAGAAAUGCUUCGUGCGCCAACACGACCUUAAACGCCACGCCAAAAUCCACAGUGGUGUCAAGCCGUAUCCAUGUCUCUGUGGUAACAGCUUCGCUCGCCAUGAUGCCUUGACUCGUCACCGCCAAAGAGGCAUGUGCAUUGGCGCUUUUGAGGGAGUGGUUAAGAAGACCGUGAAACGCGGAAGACCGAGGAAGAGCAGGCCUCAGUCCGACGAACGUCAAGACAAGGCGGCACGCACUAAGAGAAAGGUUUAUGCAAAAUCUUAUGCUUCAUCCGUUUCGAGCGUUUCAGAGAGUCCUUGCCCGUCUUCGCCGCUCAUACGGGACUCAACACCAUUUGAAGAUGUCGCGUCGUUUCAAAGAUCUUCGCUUGACUUCUCGUCCGAUAUUUUGUCAUCUACGCCCCCAACCUCUCCAGGAUAUCUGGCAGAUUGUGUCUCAUCCCGUCAACUGCAACAAAUAAUGAGCCCGGCGCCUUUAUCUUUGAGUUUAUUGGACCAGAAAGAUGGAAGAGCCGGUGGGAUGCGGGCCGCACCAAUCCCUGUCCCUUCAAGGUCUAGCAGCCGAUACGGACCGACGCCUGACUUAUGUUUGUCUGCAUCCUCCCCUCCGGGGUCCGGGCUCUUUGAUCUAUCGUCUAUGUCGGAGACCGCGGGAAGCUUGAGUCAAGCUAGCACUAGUUGCUUUGGUGACAGCGAGACAGACCACGAGCUCCCCGAUAUUUGUGACAAUAUCGACGACAUGUUCCUCGGCUCUUUUGACGGCCAAAGUAGUAUCGCCAGCCUGAGUAGUGAAACUGAUAUGCUGCAAGAAAAAUUCGAGGACGUCUUCCCGACGGAGAAUCUGUUCCCCAGCAGCUUUGUCAGCAGCGGUGAUAUUUUCGAUUCUGCUUGACUUGGAGGAGACUAUAGAAUGAGGAAUGAACGGACGACAAGCACCACGAUUGUACGAUGCACAUGACGUUUGGGGUUAUGUUUUGUUCUGACUCGGCGCUUUGUCAUAGAGCACGAGUCGGAAAUCUGUUGGGAUCAUGGAGAAUUGGAAUGGUUUAUUUGGCUGCAAACUUGGGAGAUAUCAACCAUUGUUUUGUUUUGUUUUGUUUUAUUCUGCAAUUUUAAGCGCCAUCCUUGGAUGCGCAGAAGUGUUUAAUCAGUAUUUGUAUCCUCGCAAAUGGUCGCUCACUACUCUGUCCUUAGUAGCCCAGGAUAUUUUCCUAGCUGCAACAACCAUUUUAGUUUUAAUUAGAAUAAAUCAGAGGAAGUUCGAAA